AUGGCCUUGUUGUGUUUUUCGGGUACGAGAGCUGCGUUGCGUUCAGCCGUCGUUGCUCGACGUAUGCUUUCAGCUGGGCGUGAUUCGCAGGAGGAUAAUACAUUUUUGCAUCGACUGGCUCGACGUUUCGAGCGGGGCAAGCCGCCUGGGGAUUCUCAUGCCAAAAUACUUGCCAGUGCAAAGCAUAUCUAUGAGAUACAGUUUCAUGAUGUGAAGCCUGAUUGCAUCCAUGAAUAUCAAGACCUAACAGAAGAAAUGUUCCCAAAGUUACACCAAAGCUCAUCUAUUCCAGCUCAACUAGUGGGCAGCUGGACAUCAAUUCUGGGAAAGCAAGACGAAGCAGUACACUUGUGGUACUAUGAGAAUGGUUGGAGUGACGUGAGUGACACACUUGAACAGUUGCGAGACAACGUGGAAUGGAGACAGUACAGUGACAGGAUAAAGUCACUUUUGUCGUCUCGACGAAAUCAACUUUUGAUGGAGUUUGCCUUUUGGGGAAAACCAGUGCCGCGUAAUUCAAGUCAUAUCUAUGAACUGCGUAGUUAUAGACUAAGACCGGGAACACUAAUAGACUGGAGCCGAGAAUGGGAGAAAGGAAUUCUAUUCAGACAGGAAGCCAAUGAAGCUGUUGGCGGUUUCUUUUCACAGAUCGGUCUUCUGUAUGAAGUCUAUCACAUUUGGGCCUACUCUGAUCUUAGCGUACGACAAGAGGUUCGAGAAAAUGCAUGGAUGAAGCCUGGAUGGGAUGACUGCUGGGCUCGAACCAUUUCUCUGGUUCAGUCCUUGGAUACCAGAAUUAUGCUACCCGCUCCUUACUCGAGUCUGCAGUAAAUCUUGUCUCUUAAUUAAUUAAAUGAAGUAUUUCACUUUUAAUUGACUUUAUUUAAGUAAUAACUGUAGGAGUCUAGAAUGAAUUUAUCUGCAACUAUUUUUACUUGUAAGAUUUACUUUUAAGCCUUGCCUUGGCAUAACAUUAAACGUCAGUACAUGUACUUAGAGUCUGUUCAUCUGUUAUUGAAUUCUACAUAUGAUUUACUGAUACCCUGCUGCGGGGGGUGUUUGAA